UUUCUAACCACACAAAACUCAACCUCCAUGGAGGUAGACAAACCAAAACCAUUACCACCAUGAGAAAAGCUCUGCUAAUAAUAAACUGCUUCGUCCUUUCUAUAGGACACUGUGGCGGUCCACUUAUCAUGCGCCUGUACUUCAUCCACGGCGGAAAACGAGUCUGGUUCUCCAGCUGGCUCGAGACCGGUGGUUGGCCUAUCAUCCUUCUCCCAGUCGCCUGCGCUUACUUUCACCGUUCAAGGACACAACCCAGUUCGGAAAACAAGCUUUUCUUCAUCAAACCCCGUUUGUUCAUCGCCGCCGCCUUCAUCGGAAUCCUGACCGGCCUGGACGACUACAUCUACGCCUACGGAGUCGCCCGCCUUCCAGUUUCGACAGUGGCUUUAAUCAUCGCCUCGCAGCUGGUUUUCACCGCGGCGUUCGCUUUUCUUUUGGUGAAGCAGAAGUUCACUUCUUACUCCAUUAACGCCGUGUUUCUGUUAACGAUCGGAGCGGGCGUUUUAGCUUUGAACACGAGCGGCGAUAAACCCGAGAAAGAAUCGAACAGGGAAUACGUUUCGGGGUUCAUAAUGACGGUUGGUGCGGCGGCUCUGUAUGGAUUCAUCUUGCCGUUGGUGGAGCUUACCUACAAGAAAGCGAAGCAAGAGAUGAGCUACGCGCUCGUGAUGGAGAUUCAGAUGGUGAUGUGCUUGUUCGCCACCGGCUUUUCCACCAUCGGAAUGCUCAUCAACAAUGAUUUUGAAGUGAUUCCAAGGGAGGCAAGGGAAUUCGAGCUCGGGGAAACCAAGUAUUACGUGGUUGUGGUUAUGAGUGCGAUCAUAUGGCAGUAUUUCUAUUUGGGAGUAAUCGGAAUAAUCUUCUGUUCAUCUUCUUUGGUAUCUGGUAUUGUGAUUGCUGUUCUGUUGCCUGUAACUGAGAUUCUGGCUGUAAUCUUCUACAAAGAAAGCUUUCAUGCCGAGAAGGGAGUGGCCCUUGCACUCUCACUAUGGGGCUUCCUUUCUUACUUUUAUGGUGAAAUUAAGCAAUCCAAGAAAGGCCAUCUUCUUCAAUCGGAAAUGCCCUCACUUCCUAAUCCUCAUCCAAGUGUUUAGGGGCAGAGAUGCACCUAAAGGAAGGGUAGGCGAUACAACAGAACAAGAUUUUAGGCAGAAAUCGUCGUAUGAUUCUGACGAUUCAAAAGUUAUCGUGUAACGUGUUGUAGAAAAAAUCCUAGUUUAGAAAUAAUUUCUAGAAAAAAUUCUAGUUUA